CAGUAUUUUACUUUGGUAUUUUCUUUUAAAUAUAAAUUAAUUUUAUAAUAUGUGACAGUGAUAAGUGUAUUGUAUGUUACUAUUACUACAAUUAUGUAGCUAUUUGAAAUUAAAUAUUAUAAGUUCAGUGUUUAAAUAUUACCACUAAAAAAGAAGCUCCUUACAAAAGAUGCUCAUCAAAGAAUAUAGAAUACCUCUUCCACUUACUGUGGAAGAGUAUCGAAUUGCCCAGCUUUAUAUGAUAGCUAAAAAAAGUAGGGAAGAGAGUUCAGGGGAAGGCAGUGGAGUAGAAAUUAUAGUGAAUGAGCCCUACGAAGAUGGUCCUGGAGGUAAAGGUCAGUAUACACAAAAAAUAUAUCAUGUAGGCAGUCAUUUACCAGGUUGGUUCAAAAGCCUUCUACCAAAGUCUGCUUUGACAGUUUCUGAAGAAGCAUGGAAUGCAUAUCCCUAUACAAAAACAAAAUAUACUUGCCCAUUUGUUGAAAAAUUUUCACUAGAAAUAGAGACUUACUACUUUGAUGAUAAUGGACACCAAGACAAUGUUUUUAAGUUGUCUGGAAGUGAUCUAAAAAACAGAGUUGUAGAUCUCAUAGAUGUUGUCAAGGAUCAGCUUUAUGGUGCGGACUACAUUAAAGAGGAAGAUCCUAAACUUUUUGUUUCACAAAAAUGCAAUAGAGGACCUUUAACAGAUAAUUGGUUAGAAGAUUACUGGAAAGAAGUUCAAGGAAAACCUCAACCACUACCAAAUGGAAAGUCACUAAUGUGUGCUUAUAAGCUGUGCAGAGUUGAGUUCAGAUAUUGGGGCAUGCAAACAAAAUUAGAGAAGUUUAUUCAUGAUGUUGCAUUAAGAAAGACAAUGUUGAGAGCUCAUAGACAAGUUUGGGCCUGGCAAGAUGAAUGGCACGGUUUAACAAUGGAGGAUAUAAGAGAAAUUGAACGCCAAACACAAUUAGCUCUUAAGAUGAAAAUGAGUGGUGAAGCAUGUGAUGAUGCAGACCAAGUGUCAGAAGAUAAUUCAAAGUCACUUGCAGCCACAAUGAGCAGCUUAGAGAAAAAUGAAGAAUUAGCAACUCCAGUAAUCCCAAAGAAAAGUAAUUCUGACAAGCAUAUAAACAAAGAUCUAUCUCCAGAAAGUAGUCCUCCAUUGGAAAUAAGAAAUAUUAGUAAAGUGAACUUGAGAUCAACAUCCUCUGGCUCCUUAAAAAAUUUACAAACUCAAGUGGAAAACUGGCGGAUGGAAACAUUAGUCAGAGAAUCUGAAACUGAAACUGGAUCUGAAGAUGAAUUUUAUGAUUGUGAAACCUCUUUCAAUAAAUGGUCAUCUAUGUGUUCUCUUGAUGAGGCAGAUAUCGAUAUUUCACCAACUCAAGGUGAACAAAAUCAAGAAGACUCAAUAUUCAAUCCAUCUUUCUUGAAAAGGGUAACAUCGGAAAGAGGAUCCAGAAGGAUGAUUACUUUACAUAACCACCAUAGUAUAGAUGGAGGGCCAGAAACUCCUGUUCACAGUUCCUGUCCAACAACAGUAUUAGUCCUUGUCUUUCAUGCAGGAAGUGUUCUUGAUGCGCAUAUCGAUAUGACAGCAAAAAAAUCAGAUGUCACAACAUUCAAAGGUGCAUUUGAAUCAGUCAUGCGUCAGCACUACCCAACACUUGUGGGGCACAUUACAAUUAAGUUAGUAUCAUGCCCAUCGGUUUGUACUGAAGCACUAGGUGUGUUAUCCACUUUAAGUCCGUAUAGUUUUGAUUGUUCCCCUUCUACUGUUGAAACACCAUCAUUAACGAAUGAUCUGAUACCCAUUGGAGCUUUACCUUUGAUAGCUACAUCAACUCCAGAAUAUUCUGAUCAUGUUAUGAAAACCAUAAUUGCUGCAAACACAGUUUAUAAUGACUUUAUAAAAUCUGAUGAUGGAAAAGGUUUUGGUGGCCAAGUAUGUAUUGUUGGAGAUAGUAUGGGAUCUGUUUUAGCUUAUGAUGCUUUGUGUAGGACUCAACAAUACCAAUCAAGACAUGACAGUGAAACUAGCAUUCUAGAUACAGAGAUAACAAUUCCUAAUGAACCUUCUGAGCAUUACUUAAACAAAUGUCAUUUGCAAGCCCCAACACCAAGAAGGCGAUCAUCUGCGACUAGUGACAAUCAGACAAAGCUGGAAUUUGAAGUGUCAGACUUCUUUACAUUUGGUAGUCCACUGUCUCUUAUUUUGGCUUACAGGAAGAUAUCUGACGACAAAUCUCGUGAUAUAAUGAAACCACCUGCUCAGCAAGUGUAUAAUUUAUUUCAUUCAACAGACCCAGUUGCUGCUAGACUAGAGCCCCUUUUAUCUGCGAGAUUUACAAAUAUGCCUCCAAUAAAUGUUGCUAGAUAUGCAAAAUAUCCACUUGGAAAUGGACAACCCUAUCAUCUCAUGGAGUUGAUACAAAGUCACCCAACUUUAUUUGCUGAACAUUUGCAAAUGCCACCAACUCCAAUCAUAAGAAGGCUUUCUGAAGCAUCUGUUCAAAGUACUGUCAGCGGAUUAGUUGACAACAUACCUUUAAUCACAAUGAAUGCUCUACAACAAAAAUGGUGGGGAUCCAAACGUUUAGACUAUGCUUUAUACUGUCCUGAGGGAUUAGCAAAUUUUCCAACAAAUGCUUUACCACAUCUUUUUCAUGCUAGCUACUGGGAGAGUUCUGAUGUAAUAGCUUUCAUAUUAAGGCAGGUUGGUCAUUUUGACUUGGCUUUGUACAGCCAUGCUGAAGAUAAAGAGUGCCCAUUAUUUAAACCAGGUCAAGAUAAGGAAAAGUGGAUAAAAAAGCGUACAUCAGUGAAAUUAAAGAAUGUUGCAGCGAACCAUAGAGCAAAUGAUGUUAUUGUAAAGGAAGGCUGUCCACAAAUAUUUACAGCCAGAUUCAUGUAUGGGCCGUUAGACAUGAUUACAUUAACUGGGGAGAAAGUUGACAUUCACAUGAUGAAAGAUCCACCAGCUGGUGAAUGGGUUUUGUUGUCAACUGUUGUUACGGAUAAAACAGGAAGAGUUUCUUACACACUUACAGAUAAACAAAGUGUGGGUUGUGGCAUUUAUCCUGUCAGGAUUGUUGUGAGAGGUGAUCACACUAGUUGUAAUUUCCACCUAGCUGUUAUACCACCGCAAACAGAAUGUAUUGUUUUUAGUAUUGACGGAUCCUUCACCGCAAGUGUAUCAGUAACAGGUAGAGAUCCUAAGGUACGCGCGGGUGCCGUCGAUGUUGUCAGAUUUUGGCAAGACCUGGGUUAUCUUAUUCUUUAUAUCACUGGGCGACCUGAUAUGCAGCAACGGAAAGUAGUCUCGUGGUUGGCAGAACAUAACUUCCCCCACGGUCUUGUGUUCUUUUCUGACGGCUUAUCGACUGACCCAUUAGGUCAUAAGGCAGCGCAUUUAAACAAUCUUAUUAACGAACACGGCGUUAUUCUGCAUACUGCUUAUGGUUCUGGCAAGGAUAUCAGUGUAUACCAUAACUGUGGAUUAUCUCCCAAGCAAAUAUACGCGAUCGGGAGAAUAAGUAAGAAAUAUAACAAUAUGGCAACCCCUCUUAGCGAAGGUUAUGCAGCUCACCUUGCAGACUUGAAACAACCAGGUGCGGUUAGACCUGCCAGAGGAAAUGCUCGUUUGUUGGUCCCGCGGCGAUUAUUGGCGCCAGUAACUAAUAUCCCUCCUCCCCGCAAGCUGCGCUAAAAGUGCUUGCACCUCUUUUAUGGGUAAUGUUAUAGAGGUGUGAUUUAUUAUUAUUGUUAAAUUUAGAACUUCAAACUUCUCGAUAAAGCAAAUAGUUGAUUUAAUCAAGGAAAUUUAAGAAUACUAUAUUGAAUGUAAUCAUUUAUAUUUAUUACGUAUAGAGUUUAUAUUUUAAUAUAUAUAUAAUAUUGUAUAGAAAUCUCUUGUCACAAUGUACCUAAGUAAAUUAAAAUAUUUUACCUGUAUUUAAGAACUAUUUGCUUUAUGAAUACGCUGGUAGGGCUGUGGAUAUUUUAGUAGUUUGUUUGAUGUAAUUUAAUUGUGGUUUUUAAACGAUAGUUAUCUGUGCGCAUUUUCCCCAAAAGUCCAAGCCUAGCAAUGUAUUUAAAUAAGUGUUGUUAUCCUGUGUUAGAGUUUACUGAAUCCUAAUGUAAUGAAUGUCCUUCGAGUGUGCUAGAAUGAUAAUUAAAAAAUAUUAUUCGUCCUAGUUGUAAAACACAAAAAGGGGAGUGUAUAAAUUUGUGAAAAACCAUAGUUUCUUUUUUAACGUAGUUGCUUUAAAAUAAACUUAUUACUAAAUGUUUAAGGCUGGGAAUCUCUUUAUAAAGUGAAUUUUAAAUAUUACCUAUUGAUAAUCUAGUCUGAAAUCUAUUAAUAAUUUGACGUUUGUGUAACUUUUAUGUAGUUGUCUUGAUAUUUGUAAAUUAUAAUGGGUAUGUUCCGAUAUGCACUGAGAGCACUGCACAGUGCUACUGUAGAAAUAUUCGUUCCGUUAUGGACUGCCAAUAUACUGCCGCAGUACCCUAGGGAAAUAUAUGACGUCAUAAAUCGCCGCCAUAUUCUACUGUGAGCACUGGCGUUUUCGAGGUAAGGUACUCGGAAUACUUUGAUCACAUGAUCAGUCAAAACCACUCGAGUGCCUAACGUUUUAUAAACAAUACCUACGGUGUAAUCCCAAAUAUUUUUAAUUUGACAAUACUCCAACAACAGUUUUUUUUUAAUGAACUAGAAAACUUUAAUACACUCAUUUGAAUGCUGCGUCAAAAAAUGCGUCUGCAGGAUACGGGAUUGCGUUCCGUUUUAAAUAGUAACCAGUAGCUAUAAAGGAACGGCACAGUAUACUAAAUUGACGUCACACUGUACAGUGGUCGCAGUGCAUAUCGGAACAUACCCAAUAUGAAUAGUUUGUGACGUUCUACUCUAGACAAGUAGUGAUUAUAUUAUUAUUGUUACUACAUAUAUUAUGUAAUCGUGGUGUAUUUCAUAAAGAAAAUUGUCGUUUUCGCGUUCUUUACUGUAGCAAAGUUAAUUGGUAAACUAUACCUGAUGUGUUUGAUAAAAUUUUACUCCAGUAGUAAUACUGCAUUGUAGGAAUGCUGUGUACUGAACUGCAAUUUGUGAGGCAUAACAAGAUAUAAAGUAGUGUUUCAAUUUUCCAUUUUAAUCACUAUUAUUGUAACAGUAUCUAUGUGUCAAAAAGCGUAGUGUAUCUUUUUUAAAGUUUUAAUCGAACAAUGUUCAACUGUCGAGUGCUUUCAUAUAUUCCGCGUAAAAUACCAGAUUUGUUUAUUAAAUUAUUUGGUACGAGUUCAGAAAACUGAUCUUACCUGAUUGAAAGAUAGGUAGUCUGUAAGCACUGAGUGUUUUCUUAAUAAAUGACAAAUGCAAUGUGGCAAUAUUUAUAAGCGUUAUGAUAGUAGGGUAUAUGCAUGUAGGUAACUUAUAUUUAGUUGAAAUAUUAUUUUUUCUAAUCUUUUUUAUUAUUUAUUUUAUCUUAAAUAUUUUUUUUUAUUAAAUUUGUACUGAAUAAUAAAUAUUAAAUAUACAAAAGUUCAAUAAAUACGCGCGAAAUAUAAAACAUCGAAACGCAAUGCUAUUGGUUGAAGCGAAGUGUGACGUCAGAAUCUAUCGUAUCUAUAUAUUUAUAGGCAAUUCUAGGUAAAAAAUUGGUUCUAAAUAAGUAAUCACCAACAUAUUAUGUACUAAAAUCUUCUCCGAAACACGCUACAUCUAAUGGUACAAGAAUUAUUCUGAUCGGUUCAGUAGUUUUCUCAGUAUAACCGAAGGAAAAAACCGGCCAUACAUUUAUUAGUACAAUAUAGAUUCUUGGGAUAGACUCUGACGUCACAGAAACCCCGCGCAAAAUGGCGCGUUUGAAUAGCCGAAAUAUCUUACCGGGAAAGAAUAUUUAUUUUUUAAUUGAAUAAGAAUGUUUUUAUCUAUAAUUUGAUGUGUUUGAUAAUUUUUAGGAUGUAAAAAAUCAAAUUUAAGUAUUUUAAAAAUUCAUGCAUAUACCCUGUUCUUCUACAUAAUCUUAUUAAUAGUCUAGUGCUGUGCCGUAGUCGUCGCUUAUCGUGUUAUCGCAUUAAUACUAAAUUUGCGAUCCCGUUUUUUUUAAUAUUAUUUUAAUAAUGGCUUAUCUGAGCCCAUUAGGUUACAUUCCAAAAGAAACGAGUUUAUAUUUAUCACCAAGCACGAGAAAUGGCGAAAAAUAUUUGAGACAUGAGUGCUGAAGAAAGGCAGAACAAAAAUUUGAGAUUAAAUUAUUAGGUUAAAAUACUGAAAAUAUUGAUGAGAUAAUUUAAUCUUCAUUUGCACCUAAUGUAAAAUGGUAAAUUUGAGGUAUUGUUUAAAUUUAUCGACACACUUAUCGUCAUCAAUUAUACUUAUGUCACAGCACUAUCGCAUUAUAUGGCACUCUGCAUUCAACUCGUGUGAAAACUGUAGUUUAAUCUUAUAUCUUUAAACGUGCAAUUCUUGUAUAUACAUAUAUACAAUUUGAAUCUCGGAAACGGCAGAGGAUUUCGGGGGCGAUUAAUCGAUCUAGCUAUCUCAAUUAUAAAAAAAUUAAGUUUUAUCCGUGUUUUAAUGAGAAACAACUACAGUAACUUUAGAAUACAAAGGUAAAUUUCGCCACUAUAAACGAGACUAUAAUAGCUCAGAUGGGACUCUUUGGGUGAUCCGGAAAGCAGAAGACCCCGGUUCGAAUCCAGAUAUCCUAUUAGUUUUUUUUUUUGUACAAGUCUUGUACAUUCUUAAAAAUCCGAGCAAGGUUCGGUCGUCUGGAUAUUAAUGUUUAUGCAAUAAAAUAUGCAGGUACCUACAAAGUAUAUCCGCCGACAUAAGUGAUGCAAAGCGUGUACACUUUGAUUAAGAACGUAUUAAAAUAGAUUAUGACAUAUACAGUUUACGUUACCAUCGACGCGUUUUAUUUACGACUUUCAUGAUGGGCUGCUUGGUAUAUCUCAGAUUUAUUUUUGUUAUAACUAGUACGUCCAUGGUUUCAAAUUGCAAUCAAUCAUUUUUGGAACUAUAUACAGUUUGAGGAAUAAAUUAUUUUAAGGUAUCAAAAAUAAUGGCAUAGUAUGUUUUAUUUUAUGUUAUUUGGCUCUAAAGUAUUGCCCAGUCUGGCACUUGAUAUAUUAAAAUUCAAAUAUUUUUUAAGCAAAAUAGGAUGUGAUAUCACUAAUUGAAAGUCAAAAACUACCAUUCCAAAAAGCAUGCCUCAGACCUGAGAAGAACGGGCGCAAGAAACACUUUUUUUUCAUAAAAAUAUGGUUACAAAGUAAAUAUCGUGUAAUUAAACUUAUUAUUUAAUAUCCUGAGGGCGGUUAUGUUAUAAUAGCCUUUACCACACAAUAGAUUUAUGAACAAUUCUUUUUAAUUUCGUAAUACAUUUUUAUUGAAGAUUUUCUGGGAUCUUGUUGUAAAAGCAUAUACCCGUCGCGCGUUGAGAAUGGGUCAGCCCGCCAUAUUUGUGGCGUAGUCAGGACCAAUCAAAAGUACCGCUGACGUCACUUCCUAUUAUUGCAUCCGUGUUAAGAAGAAGCUUGCGUUAAUAACAAAAUUCCAGAAAUUUAUGAGUUCACUAGAAUUAUUGUUAUAUUUGGAUAACAUGGAUUAUUUUAACCAUCUAAAUAUAUAAAAUUCUCGUGUCAUGGUGUCAAACUUUGAACUCCUCCGAAACGGCUUGACCGAUUCUCAUGAAAUUUUGAGUGCAUAUUGUGUAGGUCUGAGAAUCGGACAACAUCUAUUUUUCAUGCCCCUAAAUGUUAAGGGUGGUCCACACGACUUUUUUAAAUUUUUUUGACAUUUUUUUUUAAUUUGUUUUAUUAUUUUCAACCAUCUACGAUCAACAGUUACUUUUGUAUCGCGAUUUUAAUAUCGGCACUACAACGUUUGCUGGGUCAGCUAGUAUAUCGAUAUGUAUCUAUAUAUCUAUAUGGAUAAAAUAAUCCAUGUUGUCUGAAGGCUUGCCAUAUAAAACACCAUACAGUUCGUGUUAAUUUGUAUAUUAGUUAUGUUAAUUUGAUUAUUGUAGGAGAUAAGUGUUAUAUACUCACUCUUUUAAUGUGUUAAUUGAUGGAUAUUUCAUUUUAUGAGUUAAGUAAGAUAUAUUUUCCAUCGUGGUUUUUUAUUAUCAUGUGAUGGAUUGCUUACAGUUAUAUCAUUAUACCAAAAAUCUGUAAUUAUUAACGUCAUGUGUUUCAAACUCUAGCGUACGGAUGGUUUAUGGCUCUUAAUUUUGUAUCAUUCAAAAUUUUUAACCACUUUAAUAAAUUUUUGUUAAUUUAUUUAAUUAAAUAUUGUAACACUAAUAACAAUAGCACUAAUGUUCUAACACUAAUAAGAUGACCCGAUCGUCUCAUCCCAUUUAGUCUAGUCGGCAAGUUGAAUGGUACAAAAUAGAGAUACUGCUCUUAAAAUUAUGUGCGAUAGCUCAUUGGAUCCGGAAUGACGCCUAGAAAAAUGUGCCAAAAGCGUGUAUUAGCACAUAAAAAAAUUGCAAAAGAUAUAAACAAUUAAAGAUGAAAGAAAUUGCGUUUUUUAACAAUAUUUCAUAAACUAUUAAUAUUUAAGAAAUUACAAAAAAAGAUUCUGAAAAAGAAAAUUUCCAAUAAAAAACUCCUAACUCCCGGAACUCUAUCUCCAUUAUUUAUACGGUCUGCGCACGUCAAAAGCGAGUAGGUACGGCACAUUAAUAACAAAAACUGAAAAAUCCAAUUAAUGUUCAUGUUAAUGUUAGAUGCCACGCAUGCAACCUAAAAAUGUCGCGCGCGGGCAUAUUUUCAGCGUUAAAUUAAAAUUAUAAAUAAUGGAGAUAGAGUUCCGGGAGUUUGGAGUUUUUUGUUGGAAAUUUCCUCCUCUUUCAGAAUCUUGUUUUAAUUUCUUUCUAAAAAUGAGCUAUCGCAGAUAAUUUUAAGUAAUAUGUAUCUAUAUUUUGUACCAUUUUCAAAUUGUCGCGAGUCUUUUGCCAUUAUUGGCUUGUUCUAGUAAACAAAUCUCAUUGUCAAUGUAUGGAAAAUGUUUGAACUUGAUUAGCAUUUGAUCCCGACUACCUAAAAACUCAAACUCAACGAUUUAAAGCUUUUCUCAUCAAGACCCUUCCAUGAAUGUUAUGCAUUUAUGGAAGUUUGUACUUAUUGCGGUUGCUGUUUCGAUUCUUGACCGUUAUUUUUUUUUUAAUUUCAGAUUUUUAUUUCUGUAUGAUUAAUCUAUGGGAUAAAAUCUUGACGCACAGUUUGACAGUUCUUCUUUGACAUUAUUUCAUUACAAGAAAGGGAGAAACGAAAUAAUUAUUGAAAUGAUUGAACUUUGAAAUUUUGCAAAGGUAUAGGUAUUUGUUUAGGUGAAGCGAAGCGAACCGGUCCUCAGCUAAUUACUUACCUACUUAUUAAUAAUUAAAAAAAGUAAAUUAAUAGCGUGGUGCUACAUUGGUGACAUAAAAUAAAGACACGGGUAGAACUACUUAGCGUAAUCAUAAAAAAAUAUUCAAAAAUAAAAUACAUAAUUCACGUUAAUAAAUCAAUUUUCCAUAAUAUCAUUUCGGGUCAACCUGUAAGAAAUCUAGUAGCCUUCGUGCCGUCUUAUUCGAACACGUAAGGGUGAUUAUAUUUUGUUUCUUACAUAUAUAUUUUGUUUGAAAUUUUCAAAAUUUCAAUUACAUAUUAACAUUAAAUUUUAGAAUUCUUUUUCUAAGAUUAAGGUUAGAUUAAGAUUACCAGUGGGAGGCUUAAUUGGACAGGAUGCCGGCUAGAUUAUUGGUACCACAACUGCUGUGAAGCAGUAAUGUGUAAACAUUACUGUGUUUCGGUCUGUAGGGCGCCGUAGCUAGUGAAAUUACAGGGCAAAUGACACUUAACAUCUUAUGUCUCAAGGUGACGAGCGCAAUUGUAGUGCCGCUCAGAAUUUUUGUGUUUUUCAAGAAUCCUGAGCGGCGCUGCAUUGUAAUGGGUAGGGCGUAUCAAUUACCAUCAGCUAAACGUCCUACUCGCCUCGUCCGUAAUUAUCAUAAAAAAAAUAUAACUCUACCCUUGACUACAUUUAAUGUCGCAAUUAUAGCGCCUGUAUAUUGCGCGAUUCAAAUGUUUAUAAUAGAAUCACUUGUAAUUAAAACACGUAUUACAAUUGUAGAAAAUACAUUGUUUAUUGUCACUAUAUCAAGAAGUUUAAUAGUUCACCUCGACUCUUUUGUAUGGCUUUAUUGAGGCUCGAGGUCGCCGUAAAGGCUACAUUAUGUUAAAAUCGAUUUAAAGAUGGCUCAUGUUAUACAACAUGAAUGUCAAAUUUUUCAAGUCGAUAUGUCUUGGAUGCCUUGAAUAACAGCUCUCAAGAGCGGCCAAUCCGUCAUAUUUUUACACUCUUAUUUUUAGCUUUACCUGUAUAUUUGUUUGUAACUGACUCAUUUGGGCGCCAUUUUGGCCCACUUUAAACGGCCAGAUUUCGUUCAUACUUCGAAGAUUUAUCGAGGACCAUGACAAUACAUUAAUUUGAUAAAAUUAUUCUAUUUUUAAUUUGCAAAAUAAGAUUUUUGUUAAUUUAUAUAAGUUUCAUCUAUCGUCGAUAAGGCAGGAAAUGAUGUAAUUUUAAAUUUCAACCAUUAUCUUUAACCGAUUUAUCUAAUAUUAGGAAAUUUUCGGAUACCAAACAGAAUUUUGUCUUAUUUUAACAAUUAUUCAUACAACCGCUCGUACGUAAUUAUAUCGUUUUAACACGUUCAUUGCCAAAAAAAACCUUGGACUUGCAUAAAUGGCCAACAUUAAAAAAAACUGUUAAUUUGUUUUUUUUAAUGUGCUUUCAAUACUUUUAUAUAUUUAUAAGGUUAAAGUCUGAGUUGUGAAUCGGUUAAGGCUGUAGUUGGGCGACCCCUCCUACUUUCAUCAUAACAUUCUGAACUACUUUCACCAAUUUCUUCGGUUAUGUAGUCUAUAUCAUCUAAAUCACUGCAUUCACAUCGUCCUCCGACUCCAGCAAAAAUUCUUCCACUUCUGGAGAUGUAGGGUAGUGGGCAUUACUGGUCUUUUUCUCGGCCUUUGUUUUGUUAUUCAUUGUAAAAAAUAAUUGUCGAAAAACAGGAUGGAUAAACGGAGAAAUAUCAAAUAACUAAACAAAAACUUAAAUAUUUACCGAGCUGCGGGUAGAGGGAACUAACGAGCACGAGCAAAACAAAAACAAGAUGGCUAACUGCAGGCCACGCCCACUUUUCAUAAGUUCAUUUCUUCCUCUAAUGGCCAAAACAAAUACUAAAAACUAAUCCGGUGCAGCCGAGGUUCUAUAGCUCGUACAAGAUUGUAAGGGUCCAUCACGCGACGUUGCGUUGCCGGCCACAGCGUAAUAGGCUGUUUUACGCGACGUCGCGUCGCGUGAAGUGGCAACAAACGGACCGUUACUGAGUUGUAUUGUCAUAAAUACGGCUGAUUCGGACUUCAAAUCAUCUUUGACUAAUACAGACGACAGCGAUUAGAAUAGGAAAUUCAAAUUUUGUAUGUAAUUUAAUCAAAUAAAAAUGUUUUGAAGAGGGCCCUGAAACUUUGUUUACAAUCUUUAUCCCGUCUCGUUGGCCCUACUAUAGAUACGAAAAUACACAAACCACUUACCUGGGCUUUAGUAAGUCCAGUAACAGUAAUAAUGUAUCUAUUUAUAGUAUAACCCGCGGUGCCAUAAAUCAUCGGUGCGCUAAAGACAGACACGUAUGUUGACUUUUUAGGAAUAAACGAAGUUGAAGUUACGAGGCAAUCCAUCUUUUUGGUAGGGCGACGUGUGCGAAGUGAACGACGUCUUUAUCACGGAACGCUACACCAUAUGUAAGUAGUGCUACGUCGUUUGAAAUAGCCAAUUAGUCACUCCGAGAGACUACAGACGUAGCGCUACUAUCUAGCUCAUUUGUCUAAUAUUCAUCUAUAAGCUAUACCGUCUGUAUGGCCAUGGUAUAGUUAUCCGUGCUUUAUAUCCGUUCCACGUGUUAUAUGCUCGAUUCACCGAUAAAGGAUACUUAGAAUUUUCGCGGGAAUAUAGUUUAUAGUUCGAACAAAUAAACGUUUUUGAAUCUCGUUUUUUUCGGCAAAUGCCCUUUUAUUCAGUUUUUUAGAUGUAAGAAAUUUAAGUAUGUAUGCAUAUUGUUAUUUUAAAUAUUGUGUAUAAUAAAGAUUUGAAACAAUA